AUGCGGGACUUCUUCUGCUUCACUUCUCCGCACAUGCGCAGAAGCAGGAACUUCCUAACUGAAGCCUUACAAGAGGCCAAGUCUCCAGGGGACAUUAUAAUUGGAGGAUUGUUCCCAAUACAUGAAAGUGUUGAUGAUAAUGGACUCUGUAACAGGUUCAGUGUUGCUCGGCUGGCCCAGUCUCUGAUGAUGGUGCGUGCAAUAGAGGAGAUAAACCAGAGUGGAGAACUUGGUAACAUCACUCUGGUAUAUCACAUAGUGGACUCCUGCAGUGAUAUUACCACAGCGUUGAGAAACACUCUGCCCUUCAUAAAAAUAAAUGACAAUCUAAACACAGAUCGUGAACCACAGCUCACCCCACCAAUGAUGGCCGUCAUAGGAGAUUACUACUCAGAAAUAUCUGUAGCAGUCACAAGACAACUCAACUUGGAGAAAAUCCCUGAGAUCAGUUACGGAUCUACAUCUGGAUUACUAAGUGAUAAAACUCGCUUCCCGAGCUUUCUGAGGACUGUACCAGAGGAUGAUCACCAUGCAAAAGCCGUCAUUGAAAUUCUCAAGGAUCACAACUGGAACUGGGUUGGAAUUGUGGCAACCGACGGUGAAUAUGACCGCUAUGCAGUAGAACGUCUCCGGCAUCAUGCGGAGCAUCAUGACAUCUGCUUUGCAUACAUUAAAUUCUUGCCAGAGUUUCUUGUUGACAAUAACCUCAAGGACAGCAUCAACGAAGCGGUCAAAAGCAUCACUGAAAAUACCAAUGUCUCAGUUAUCGUCUCCUUCACCAAACCCAACCACAUGAUCAGGCACGUGCAGAGGGGGGCCCAGGGGGUAAACAAAGUUUGGAUAGCCAGCGACACCUGGUCACAAUCAGUUAAUUGUCUGGACACGACAAGGUGGAAUUUGAAAGAUGUCGAGACAGUUUUUGGCAUAACCCUAAAAUCUGGAAACACAUCCAGGUUUGAACAGUUUCUCAGGAAUCUUGAUAAACGCCCCGAUCUGUACAAGAACAACUCAUUUUUGAGUGACUUUUUAAAUGGGACUGUCAGUGGCUCGAAUACAUCACUCGAUACAAAGAUCACUCAGUUAAUCAACAUGAUAUAUCCGUAUGCUGUGUUCAGUAUCGAGCUGGCAAUCAAAGCAAUUGCUGAGACUGUUAAAGACCUGUGCAUCAACCAGGAGUGCGACAUUGCCACGUUACAACCUGAAAAGUUCAGAGAUGCUUUGAAAACAGCAAAUUUCUACUUGGAUGGGAAAAAAUAUUCAUUUGACAAAAACUGCAAUCUCAACUCGGGGUAUGACAUUGUCCUGUGGCGAUACAACUCUCCAAACACUCUGGACAUGAACAAUGAAGUUGGUCAUUGUGACAUUGAAGGGGACAGCAUGACGUUUAUUAGAUCGGAAAUCAGCAGUUUAUAUCAUCGGACUAAAAAAGUGAGAUCGAGGUGCUCAGCGUGUUAUCCUGGUGAGUGGAAGGUCCGAAAGGCUGGACAGCCAGUUUGUUGCUACGAAUGCAAGAAGUGUCCCGUGAACUAUUACUCGGCCCACGAAAAUGCUUCUCUUUGUUUGGCAUGUGAAAACACCACUCUCUACUCUUUCGAGGGCAGCCAAAACUACACCAAGAAAAGAAUCGACUACCUGGAGUGGGACGACGUAUAUCAUAUUGUGCUUCUGGCUUCUGCUGCACUCGGAGUUCUGCUCACCCUUGUGGUUGCCGUCAUCUUCCUCGCCCGCUGGAACACGCUAGUCGUACGCUCAUCUGUUGGCCCCAUCGUCAUCCUCCUCCUCCUCUCGCUUCCGAGUACUUUUGGGAGUGUGGUUCUAUUUGGCGGUCAACCCAAGGACUGGCAGUGCCAAACACGACAGGUGUUGUUUGGUUUGAGUUUUACGUUAUUUGUCUCCUGCAUCUUGGUAAAGUCAUUUAAGAUCAUCUUGGCCUUUGAAUUUGACCCUGUAACACAAGGCAUCCUGGAGAAGCUCUACAAGCCUUAUCUUAUUAUUCCAUUGUGCAUGGCAGGCAAGGUGCUGAUCUGCACAGUGGCCUAUGGGCCAAUGCCUCCGGUGUUUCAGCAGGAUUCUAAAUCAUUUGUCAAGCUACUUCUCUUGAAAUGUGACGAGAAUUUAUUCCCUGCGUUUGGGGCCAUGCUAGCCUACAUUGGCUUCUUAGCAAUCUUCUGCUUCAUUCUGGCUUUCAAAGGUAGAAAGUUGCCUGAAUGCUACAAUGAAUCCAAGUUCAUUACUUUUCUAUGCUGA